UUCAUUCACGUCUUCUCUCAUUCAUUAACAGAAAAAACAAAUGCAAGCUAUGAACUCACAAAUGUCACUACAAGAAGAAAAUGGAGCUUCGUCGGGUCAAAAUAUGAGUCACUCUCAUUUUGACCCGACGUCAUCUCACGAUGACUUUCUCCAACAGAUUCUCUCUUCCGUUCCUUCUUCCUCUCCCUGGCCGGACCUCUCCGGCGGCGGUGACGGUCAUUUUGACGACCAGUCAAUUUUCUUAGCUUCCAAGCUCCGGCAGAACCAGAUCACCGGCGGCGGCGGCGGUGCAGCUGCUAAAGCGUUGAUGCUUCAACAGCAGCUUUUGCUUUCUAGAGGAUUACUCGCCGGUAAUGGUGACCAAAACGAUGACGUUGGAAAUCCGGGAAAUGAGAUUUCAGUUCAAGCUCUUUACAAUGGAUUCGCUGGAUCUCUUGGUCAAACCUCUAAUCAACCUCAGCAUUUUCACCAUGCUCAGGGAGGAUCCAUGCAAGCACAGAGUUUCGGAGCACCGGCGUCGUCGACAAUGAAUCAAACGCCGGCGGCGAGUGGUGGUUCAGGUGGUGGAGGGCAGCCAAAGCAACAGAAAGUUAGGGCUCGGAGAGGACAAGCAACUGACCCUCACAGUAUUGCUGAAAGAUUACGGAGAGAGAGAAUUGCUGAGAGAAUGAAGUCGUUACAGGAGCUGGUACCCAAUGCCAAUAAGACAGACAAGGCUUCAAUGUUAGAUGAGAUCAUCGACUAUGUCAGAUUCCUCCAGCUUCAAGUCAAAGUUCUGAGUAUGAGUAGAUUGGGCGGUGCUGCAGCUGUUGCUCCCCUAGUUGCUGAUAGGUCCUCUGAGGGAGGAGGAGGUGAUUGUGCACAAGCAAAUAGAGGGAGGGGCAGUAACGGAACGACGUCGUUAGCUAACAAUGACAGCAUGACAAUGACGGAACACCAGGUGGCAAAGCUAAUGGAGGAGGAUAUGGGAUCAGCCAUGCAAUACUUACAAGGAAAAGGCUUAUGUCUUAUGCCAAUUUCUUUAGCCACAGCUAUUUCCACCGCCACGUGUCACUCUAUGAAACCCAACAACCCACUACUACACGGCGGCGGAGGCGGAAGCGGAGGAUCGACCGCCAUCAACGGCGGUGGUGGGGGGCCAUCCUCUCCUAGCUUGUCGGCUUCCACUGUCCAGUCAGCCACAAUGGGUAAUGGCGGGGCUUGAGUUUGUUGAAAUAUACUUCGUAAUUUUAAGACGUUGACUGUUUCAAUUAUCCAAUUUUCAUGGAAAAAUACCGGAAAAUGUGGGGGGUAAAGAGUGGCGAUAAUUUUGCUAUUUUAGAGCUGAAAUUUCAACGGCCGCCAAAAUAAGGGCCUUUUUCACAUGGGACAAAAAAAAGGGGGGGUAAUUGAAAUGUUUUGCUCUAAAUAUUAUUGGACUUCUGAUUUUAGUUCUUGUGAUAAUUUAUUGAUAGCAUUUGAUCUUGAAUUUA